UACGUAGCUCUGUAAACAUGGCGGAAGUUCAGAGCCGUCAACGUUGGGAGGAAGAAAGGUGCUGCGUUCAGAAUGGAGCAAUGUGAGUCGAGGAAUGAAGCCGCUGGCAUGGCGGACCAAACGUUAACGGUACUCUUCAAACUUUUAGCUGCGGGCUUUUAUGGAAUCAGCUCUUUCCUUAUAGUUGUAGUGAACAAGAGCGUCCUGACCAAUUACAGGUUCCCCUCUUCGAUAUGUGUUGGCAUUGGUCAGAUGCUGGCAACAGUUGUUGUGUUACGGGUGGGAAAGGCCCUCCGGGUGAUCACCUUCCCAGAAUUUGAUGAUAGCAUACCUAGAAAGACAUUUCCGCUACCUCUUCUAUAUGUUGGAAAUCAAAUAACAGGACUCUUUGGGACAAAAAGACUUAACCUGCCAAUGUUUACAGUAUUGAGGAGGUUUUCUAUUCUCUUCACAAUGCUGGCGGAAGGUUUCUUGUUAAAGAAGAAAUUCUCCCGGCCAGUUCAGCUGACAGUAUUUACUAUGAUUCUAGGGGCCUUUUUAGCUGCAAGUGCUGACUUGGCUUUUGACCUGCAAGGGUACGUGUUCAUUUUAAUGAACGAUGUCUUAACUGCUGCCAAUGGAGCUUUUGUGAAACAGAAACUUGACUCUAAGGAGCUGGGAAAGUAUGGCCUGCUCUAUUACAAUGCUUUAUUUAUGAUUCUUCCAACACUGCUAUUUUCACAUGUCACAGGAGAUAUGGAUAAGGCUUUUGAAUAUGAAGGCUGGUCAGAUUUGCUUUUUCUAGGUCAAUUCAUUCUCUCUUGUAUAAUGGGGUUCGUUUUAAUGUACUCCACUGUACUUUGCACUCAGUAUAACUCUGCGCUAACUACUACCAUCGUCGGCUGCCUAAAAAAUAUAUUAGUGACGUAUAUUGGAAUGGUAUUUGGAGGCGAUUACAUUUUCUCAUGGACUAACUUCAUUGGUCUUUACAUCAGCAUUGCUGGCAGUCUGGUGUAUUCCUACAUUACCUUCACAGAGGAGCAGACCACCAAACAGAGCGAGAAUGCCAACAAACUAGAGGUCAAAGGGAAAGUGUCUGUAUGACCAGUGGUUUGAUGUUCGUUUAUAAUGCACAAGGCUGUAUCUGUGAGUUCUUGUAUUUGUUGCAAGAGUAAGAAGUCACUCCUAAGAUGUGUUUUUUUAUUAUUAUUAUUUUAUGAUUUUUUAAAAAUUAUUAUAUGAAGAAGAUAUUGACUGUAAAAGGUACAGCAGAUGCUGGCAGGACAUCAUCUCAAAUGAAAGAUUCGGUCAAGUUUCAAACAUACUGGAAUGUGUCAUUCCAGAGUAAAUAUUUGCCUGUUAAUUUUCACUUCUGUUAAGAAGUGGUGUCUGUGUUACAAACUGAUGGUUUGUGUCCUGCAAUGUUGGACACUUGCCACAAAUUGGGAAUGAGGACUAUCAUUAGUGUUGAAACACCUGUUGUAUUGUCUUUUGAAGAGUAAUUUUAAAGAUGGGUUUUAGUCAGUAAAGCUAUUUAUUUUUAUGAGAGUUGUUUUUUAUUGCUAGGAUUGUGAAUUGGGUUUUAUUGUUGGGAAAGGUUUAUUCUAGCUAUAAAAAGGGAGUUUACAUAGGCCUACAUUGUUUAAAUAAUCUUGUGACAGUUCUGGUACCCUGUUAAACAACUUGAGUUUUACAGGAAUCUUCCUUCAAACCCUGAAUGAUAAAUGGAAAGUUAGUGUUUGAGUGUGUAAAAUAAGGUACAUGUUAAGUAGAUGUUUUAUUUGAGUCUUUUGGUAACGAGCUUUAAAGAACAAUAUUUUGUGUUAAGCAUUCUCAGUGUUACACAGUGUUCAACUGGACAAAUUCUUACAACUGCUUUUGUAUUUGGGAUUGGGAUGCAGUAACUGUUUUGUACUGAUGGAAUCAUGGUGAAGGAAAAAUGGUGUAGUAAUUGCACUUUAACUGUUUAACAGUUUUCAAUUGCCAGUGAUUUAAAAUGGAUAUUAGUUUGUAAUACAAUAUACACAAACAUUUCAGUAUUUUGAUUUGAAAUGAGAAUGUCUCCUACAGUCAUGGCCAAA